GCACACUGCUAUACCUCUCCACUGACCCUAUCUAUACCUCUUCGACCCAGCCAUCCAUCAUGUCUCUCUCCAACAAGCUCGCCAUCAACGAUGUCGAUCUCAAGGGCAAGCGCGUCCUCAUCCGAGUUGACUUCAAUGUACCGCUCGACAAAGAAACGAACUCCAAAAUAACCAACAACCAACGUAUUGUCGGCGCUCUCCCCACCAUUAAAUACGCCAUCGACAAUGGCGCCAAGGCCGUCAUUCUCAUGUCUCAUCUCGGCCGGCCUGACGGCAAGCCCAACCCCAAGUACAGUCUCAAACCCGUAGCAGCCGAACUCGAAAAGCUACUAGGCAAGCCCGUUACAUUCGCACCUGACUGCGUUGGCUCCGAGGUGGAGAAGAUCGUCGGUGACACCAAGGAUGGCGGUGUAGUGUUACUCGAGAACCUCCGAUUCCACAUCGAAGAGGAAGGCAGCUCAAAGGACAAGGAAGGCAACAAGACCAAAGCCGACAAAUCCGAUGUGGAGAAGUUCCGCAAGCAACUCACCUCCCUUGGCGAUGUUUACGUCAAUGAUGCCUUCGGCACCGCUCACCGUGCCCACAGCAGCAUGGUCGGCGUUGACUUACCCCAGAAGGCCUCUGGCUUCCUCGUGAAGAAGGAACUCGAGUACUUUGCUCAAGCGCUCGAGAACCCCAAGCGACCCUUCCUCGCCAUCCUCGGCGGUGCUAAAGUCAGCGACAAAAUCCAGCUGAUUGAGAACCUGCUCGACAAGGUUAACAGCCUCAUCAUCUGCGGCGGUAUGGCCUUCACCUUCAAGAAGACGCUCGAAGAUGUCAAGAUCGGAAACAGCUUGUUCGAUGAGCCUGGCAGCAAGAAAGUUAAGGAUCUGGUAGAGAAGGCGAAGAAGAACAAUGUCAAGAUUACCCUACCCUGCGAUUAUGUCACAGCGGAUAAGUUCGACAAGAACGCCAAGACCGGAUAUGCGGAGGAUAAGGAUGGCAUACCAGACGGCUGGAUGGGAUUGGACUGCGGCGAGAAGAGUCUGGAGUUGUACAAGAAGGCAAUUGACGAGGCGCAGACGAUCCUAUGGAACGGCCCACCGGGCGUGUUUGAAAUGGACAAGUUCGCAAACGGCACGAAGAAGACGAUGGAGUAUGCCGUGCAGGCGUGUGAACAGGGCAAGAUCGUUAUCAUUGGUGGCGGUGACACGGCGACAGUGGCGGCAGAGUACGGGACGGAGGACAAGCUGAGCCAUGUCUCCACCGGCGGCGGCGCGAGUUUGGAGUUGUUGGAGGGUAAAGAGCUGCCAGGUGUGGCGGCGCUUUCGAGCAAGUAG